AUUCUCUUCUUUAUGAUAAUAUCAUGUCAAGACGUAGUAUUCCUGAGACCAUUAUUUCAAAUUUUAGCUCUUCUGAAUUAUCUUAUAAGGGUAGUGAUAAAAUAAUUUUUAUUACUAAUGGGGAUCCUAUUAAACAUAUUUGGAAGAGAUUAUUAAAAAAGGAUGGUCCUUGGAAUCAAAAUGAUGUUAGAUUUUUUGUUAGUUCCGCUUUAGUAGCAACGGAUCCUAAAACCGGUUAUAAAGUAGAAGAAAUUGUAUCUGAAUUAGGUAAUCCAGAAAGUGGCCUUAGAAGAUUGAGAGAAAUUAUGAAUUUUCCAAUGUCAUGUGAUGCGGGUCUUAGGGAUGAUGUAUUAUCAUUCCAAUAUGUUAUAUUACCUUUAUUGGGUUUAUUGACUAGAACUGCGAUUACUGAUUGUAAUUUGGAAAAAUACGUUCAUGCCAUCUUUACGGCCGUUUAUACAAACCUUGAACAAUUUCUUUAUAAUAAUGUGAUGAAAAUGUUGGAGAUGUUGUUGGGGCGUAAUUCAGUUGUAGAUCGUGUAGUUAACGCUGAAGCAUUGCUAGCACGCGAACGUUACGCAUUUAUUCCAUCCUCUUUAGGAAUAUUUUUCUUAAUAAUCGUAAGACUUCUUACAGAAUUAUUACGUCGUAUCAAAGAAGCAUCCGUUAAUGAAACUAUGUAUAAAAUUUUCCACGAUUUACAACGAUUAAAAACUACUUAUCAACAGUCAAUCAAUCAACAACGACUAUUUUUCAUUUCAACAGAUCCAUUAAUUGAUGAUUUAGGAACUAGAGAAUAUUUUUUCACUAUAUUAGAAAAAGAGAUGAUAACCAUGAAUAAAAUGUUAAUUAAUGGUCGUACUAAUUUAAUCUUUGAACAAAAUCCUGAUUCAAAAGAUUCUAUAACUCCAUGGUAUUAUAAAAAAUUAGCUAGAACAGUUGAUGUAAAAAGAAUUUAUGAUCCACCAGGAGAAUUAUCAAAAGAAGCUAAAAGGGUCUCGUAUUCUUCUUUCCCAUGUAACUCACAUCUAAUCGUUAAUGAAGAACCACCCUGUUUACCAUUACAAAAUGAACAAGGUACAAAUGAAAGAUAUAACGAUAAUGAUUUAAUACAACCCGUUCCUUUCUUGGAACAAGAAGGAAAAUAUAAGAAAAUUAUUUGGGUGAAAUUUAAUGAGGAACCUGUAAAAAUAGCGUUUAGUGGUGAAGAUGUUUCUGAUUUGGUAGAAGAGGCAAAAAUAAAAUUAAAUGGACUAGAUAAUUUCAAGAUGGAUUUAAUUGGAGUAUAUAAACAUAAUUCGAUAGAACCAUUAAAAUUUGGACAAAUAGUUGAUGAUAGUUUUAUUAACCGAUAUGAAACACCAAUAGAGAUUAAGGUAAAAAAGGAAGGUAAAGUAUAUUUCUCAUGAUUUCUUUUUCUGUAUCUGUCUACUUUGUUGCUUUGUUGAAUAAGAUAAUGAAUUAUAGAUUUGUCCUUAAUUAUUCUUUUCAGAAUAAUUAAUUUCCUAACAUUCUGUUAAUAUUGUUUCUAGUCAUUGUUCCCAAUGAUUUUAUUAAACUACUUGAAACAGGAGAGCGUUAUGAUAUGAUUGUAAGAGUUGGAGAUGAAGUAACUGGCCGUGAGUAUAAACUACAUUCUCAAAUAAUUGGAACACGAUCAGAGUAUUUUCGUUCUGCUUUGUCAAAUAACCAAUACAUGAAAAGAGAGGAUGAA